AUGGAAGGAUAUGGGAUUGGAGGAGACAAAGGAAAAGCAAGUGGAUAUGGACUUGUUUUUAGAUUCACAAAACCGUUAUCGUCUACUGGCCACCAGAACGAUAAGCGAUGUGUAUCCAGAAUUUGCGGAUGCCAGAAAAGCCCGAAUUUGCGUUCAAGACAAAAAUUAUCCUCCACGGAUGGAAAAGAUGAACGAACUUUCGCAGUUAUCAUCUACUGGCCUCCAGAAAACGUCAGCAAUGUCUCCAGCACUUGUGGACACCAGAAAAACCGAUAUUUGCGUCCAAGGCUAAGGUGGUUCUCUACGGAUGGAACGAAGGAAAAUCAGGGUACCGAACUGGCUCAAGAAAAGCCUUUCGAUCAACAAGCCACAUCAUCUCUCUACGUUUCCAAUGCAGUUUCGGAUUGGUGUAAAGGAAUGUGUUCGAAGAAAACUCCAAAAAUUUUGAGGACAAAAAUCGAAGUCAUCUUUUACUGUAUUCGUGAUAUGGUCUUUCCAUCGCUUCGAACCAUCGUCCAAUGUAUUCUCAUCCUUCUGGCCAUCAACGCUAUACUCAGUACUCUUUCAGAGCUCUGA